AUGGCUACCAGCGAAACAGCACCCGCAUUUGAUAUCCCCAUGAUGCAUGUAUCUCAUCGGUACCGCAUGGCAUACGGCCCGUUCUUCGCUGCCGUUGUCCUCGACGUUUACCUCUUUGGCAUCAUCAGCACUCAAACGUUCUUGUUUUUUACCACCUACAAAAAGGACCCGGUAUGGAUGAAGGUCCUCGUCGGCACGGCGGUCCUCACCGAUUUCCUCAACUCCUGCUUCGACAUCAUGGCCGUGUACCGCCCGCUCGUCUUGGAGUUCGGCGAUACUGAUGCCGUGCAGGUGACUCAUUGGGAUUUUCAGAGCGACCCGGUCACCGUCGCCACCGUCGCCUUCCUCGUGCAGGGUUUCUUCGCGUGGCGUGUCAAGGUUCUCACCAAGAGCAACUGGAUCGUGGGGCUGAUCUACAUCUGCGCGUUCACAUCGUUCCUGGGUGGCAUUGGGACUUCGAUUGGCGCCAGCAAAGUCCCGAGAAUCCCCGACUUGCACAAGCUCCGGACGAUCACCUACGUCUGGCUUCCGACGGCCGUGAUUGCGGACAUCGCGAUCACGGCCACUCUCGUGUUCUAUCUUCGCAAGAGGAAGACAGGGAUGAGGUUCACCGACACGCUCAUCAACAAGAUCACCCGCCUGACGCUCGAGACGGGCCUGCUCACGUCGAUGUGGGCGCUGACGGAUCUGGUCGUCUACCUGACCAUCCCGUCCGGGCUGCACCUCUUCUUCAACUUCACGCUCUCGAAGCUGUACACGGUCUCCCUCCUCGCCUCCCUCCUCAGCCGCCACGGCACGACGGACGGCAGGAGCGAGGACUCACGCUCGCACUCCGACGGGCGCGCGCACCCGCCGCCCGGCGGGCGCGUGAACAUGCUCCGCUCGGCCGCGAGCGCACACCCGCAGCAGAUCUUCAUCGACGUCGAGGCGCACGAGAUGGUCGACGUCGACGACGUCAAGGGCGCGCAGUUCCUCGAGCACCCGAAGAAGACCGGGGGCUCGCACGCGCUGAGCGGCAACACGCGGCGCUCGUCGGCGACCGUCGACCGCUCGAUGGGAGUCUGA